CCCUCCAGUUUGAAUACUUUUGUAGAUACGAUACGACAGUCGCUCUCCGUGGUCUGCUUUGGGUGAAGAAAACGAGAGAAAUAGUGACAAGGGAAAAGAAAAACAUGUGAAGACAUAUAUAUGUGAAUUCCUAAUAAAAAUAAAGGUUAUUUCUAUAUUCGUUGAUUAAAAUAGUUGGAAAAAAGUGCCAACCAUUGAAGUGUAUUCAGAUAACGGUUCCUUCAGAGCUUCAAAAGGUCUUUCUGACAUGAAAAUGGAUCGGAGGCCACAAAUACAGGGUUAUAUAAACUUAAGAGACAAAACUCACUUGGAAGAUAGUGAACUAGAGGAAGAGGACUCUCCGAAGGCGAUUAAAUGUGUACAAUGGAGGCAGCCAGGAUGGUUCAGUCGAAGGACGAGGAUGGAGAGGUACCUGAUGCUGGCAGCGAUGACCGCGGUUUUCGUUGUCGUCGGCCUCGCUAUCUCCCUCGCCGGCGUUGUCUACAGCUAUCGGAUGGGCCUGCUUAAGGGUAGCGACACCUCAAUGCUGCCACUUAUUUCGGCAGAGCCACUCACGGCCUGCCAGGAGACGUUCCCUGAGAGUCCCAGCGAGACCUGCCAGUCCAAAGGAUGCGUCCGGGCAGCGGCGAAACUGAUCGACUCGAUGGACGAGGCCGUGAACCCGUGCGACGACUUCUUCCGGUUCUCGUGCGGCGGUUUCCUCCAGAAGAAGAUCAUCCCUGACGAGAAGUCGUCCCUGUCGCGCUUCAACGAGAUCUCGGACGACCUGCAGGAGAAGCUGCGCGGGCUCGUCGAGGCGGAUCCCAGCGACAACGACUCGCCCGCCACCAAGAUGGUCAAGAACCUCUACAAGUCGUGCAUGGACACCGACCGCAUCAACGAGCGCGGCCUGAACCCCCUGAAGGAGAUCCUGACGCAGAUGGGCGGCUGGCCUGUGGUGGAGGGCGCGUCCUGGGAUUCCUCGGGCUUUGACUGGCACACCAACGUCUACAUCAACCGGAAGCUGGGUUACUCGCUCGACUACAUCUUCGACUUCUCCGUCACCACCAACAUCAAGAACUCCACCUGGAGGAUCAUCGAUAUCGACCAGCCCCCGCUCGGCAUGCCCUCGCGCAAGUACUUACUCAAGGGUUUCAACGACAGCGACGUCCAAGCUUACUACAAUUACCAGAUCAGCAUGGCGGAGCUCCUCGGGGCCGACCGGGCGACGGCCGAACGCGAGCUCAAGGAAUCGCUCGAGUUCGAAAUCCAGAUCGCUAAUUACUCGCUGCCCAAGGAGGAGCGUCGCAAUGCAACCAAACUGUACAACCUCAUGACCGUCGCCGAGUUGCAGGAGAAGGUGCCCCAGAUCCCGUGGCUGCAAUACUUCAAUACCAUUCUUAGUCCCUUCCAUGAGAUUGGUAUCGAUGAGCCAGUGGUCGUUGGAGUCCCCGACUACGUGAAGAACCUCGGCAAACUCCUCACAAGAACGCCCAAAAGAGUGAUCGCCAACUACAUGCUGUGGCGCGUGACUGCCGCCUCCGUGGGCUACCUGACCGACGACGCCAGAGACAUUCAGCUGAAGUAUUCCAAGAAGAUCGUCGGCAAAGGCACCCGGGAGCCGCGCUGGAAGGAGUGCAUGGGCUCUGUGUCGGGCAGCUUGAGCCACGCCGUCGGGUCCAUGUACGCCCGCGCCUUCUUCAAGGAGGACGCCAAGGCCGCCGCCGACGAGAUGGUCCGCUACAUCCGCGCCGAGUUUGACGAGAUCCUGCGCACCAUUGACUGGAUGGACGAGGCCACGCGCGAGAGGGCCCUGGCCAAGGCGAAGGCCAUCACGCCGCACAUCGCCUACCCGCCGGAGCUCCUCGAGGACGACAAGCUCACUGAGCUCUACGACGGGCUGGAGAUCUCCAACGGCGACCUCCUGGAGAACAUGCGGAACCUGACCAUCUUCGGCACCAACUACUCCUUCAGGAAGCUGCGCGAGAAGAUUGACAAGAAGGACUGGAAGAACCACGGCGCCGCCGCCGUCGUCAACGCCUUCUACAGCCCCCUCGAGAAUUCCAUACAGUUCCCCGCCGGCAUCCUGCAGGGCGUCUUCUUCGAGGCGGAGCGACCCAAGUACAUGAACUUCGGCGCCAUCGGCUACGUCAUCGGCCACGAAAUCACCCAUGGCUUCGAUGACUCCGGUCGCCAGUUUGACGCGAAAGGCGACCUCCGCGACUGGUGGGAGAAGCAAACCAAGGACAAGUUCCUGGAGAAGGCCAAGUGCAUCAUCUACCAAUACGGAAACUACACAGCCAAGGAAGUCGACAUGAAUCUGAACGGCAUCAACACGCAGGGCGAGAACAUCGCUGACAACGGUGGCAUCAAGGAGGCCUACUACGCGUACCUGCAGUGGGCGAAGGACAACGGCGAGGAGCGAACCCUGCCCGGGCUGCCGUUCAGCACGCGCCAGCUCUUCUGGCUGUCGGCCGCCAACGUGUGGUGCGGGAAGUACCGGCCCGAGAGCCUGAAGCUCCGCAUCCUGACGGGCGCCCACUCGCCGGCGGAGUUCCGCGUGAACGGGCCCUUCAGCAACCUGCCGGAGUUCGCCAAUGACUGGAGCUGCCCGGCCGGCGCCAAGAUGAACCCCUCCAAACGCUGCGCCGUCUGGUAACGCACGACGGCGGCGGAGGCGAGCGGGGGCGGGGAUACAGGCUUAAACUUUUUUCUGAUUGUUUUUUUCAUUUUAUAGUUCUGGGUUUGCCCUUUGGUCUCUGACGGAAGAGAGCGAUGACAUUUGUGAAUGGACUCGGCAAAACGUUUUUUUUCUGUUCGACGGUCCAUGAUGUAACCUACUUCUCUCCUACCUGGUGCUCCAUGGUUGCUACAGGGGACAUUGCCAGUCCAUUUUCUGUUAUAUAUUUUUUUGAUUUUAAAUGCCAGCGUAUCACAUCCCCAAACCUCCCCAUAUAUGAAUAUCUGGAUAAAAGAAAGAAAAAAAAUAAAAAAAUAAAAAAGAUUAUAAAACAGUGACAAAAAACGAGAGAAAAAAAAAAAAUCCUGGCCGCACAUCGUCUCAAAGGUGCGGUAAAUCGGGAAAUCCUUUGAAGUUGUUAAACCGAUAUGUAUAUAUGUAUAUAUGUAUAUAGUCAUAUAUGUAUAUAUACAUAUAUGUAUAUAUACAUAUACAGGUGUAUAUAUACAUAAUCAUAUAUUUGAAAAGUCUAACACUUCUCUAUCAUACCAUGUUGAAGUCUUACAUCCCAGCAAAAAAAAAAAAAAAAAUCUCAUUUCCGUCUUUCAACGCCUUUCCCGUUUUCUUUCUUUCAAAGGACGUGCCCGGUUUCCCGUUUUCUUUGAGCCUGUGUCCACGUAGUUGUCCUUUUCUCCGGCUGGGCCGAGAGGACGGGGGCGCGAAAAAGCUGUUCUUAGAAUGAAGCUGAGUAGGUUUUGAAAGAUUAUAUAUAUAUUUUUAAUAAGAGUAUAUACAAAGUCAGGAUUUUUUAGAAAGUCGAAUUUUUAAACAAACCCCGAGGGAAAAUCGUGAUCUGAAAGCUUUUUAAUUAUAGUGGGUCUCCCCCUCUUUAAGUGUGUAAAGGAAAGAAAAUACAUUUUCUUUUUUGUUGUUUCAUAUAUUUGUUUUAAUGGAUUGUACACAACUGGGAGUACAAGUGAUUUUUUUUAUGUUUGAUAUUUCACAUGGUUUCUUUCUUACAGUAAUUUAAUUACUUCGAUAUUGCUAGCCUAGAUUUUUUUCAGUCUUCAUAACCCGUAAUGUUCCAAAAGAAUUUGCUUUGAUUUUGCCUUCUGCACUAGUACUUAUAUAUCAUUUAGUUAUUUGUAUGAAUAUACUAGAGAGAGAAGAAAAUGGAAAUAUAUAUUGUGUAUAAUAGUUUUAAAAAUGAAAAAUGAAAAGGGAACGAGUGUUUGAGGUCAGACGGCGUCGGGCAGGUUGAAAUCCAUUAUAAGACUUCUGGUAUACCUGCAUAAGGGUGAGAGUCCAAAACUUUGUAAAACUACCGCGACAUUGUCGUAAACAAGGUGGCGUUUGGUUUUGUUUAUAUAUAGACAUAAUAUACACUAUGUUUUGUACAAAUAUCUUGAAACCGCUAAAAGUUCCUGUGGAAUGCACCUUCGUUUUAAGCCGAAAUAGAUAGUGGGUUGUUGUUUUUCCGACGAUUAUUUUACGUUCAGUCCUUAAAGCUUUCAUGAUUUAUGUGCUUCGAUAACACGUGUUUUUGCUUUACGUGAAACGGACUGAUAGAAGUUAGAAUUUCGUCUGCGUGGGUAGGAUUUUAGAUCUAUGUUGAUUUUUGGGUUAGCCCUGUUUCUUUUUGAAUCUUUAUUAUUUUAUGAUGUAUCAGGUCUUCACGGGUUUUGUACGCAGACUUUUGUUAGAUGAAGCCACUCGAUCUUAAAAAAGUCUUAGCGAAAUGAAAAAAAAUGACCAAUCGUGUAUUAUUUUUUUUAAACACAAGGAACUCCCCAAAACGGCUAUCAAUCACUUUCCAUCAUCCUGUCAAGUUACAAGUCAGAAAUCACGGUUUAGAUACGCAUUGUAUCUUGAGCAUUUAUUUAGCUUCUGCUGUAGAGAUGAGCCUUGUGAAAAGUUAAGAUUUAUGAACAGACUUGUUUAUUUUUUAAUUUUGCAUGUAGGUUUUUAAUUCUGUCUCCCUCCUUACCUCCUUACCUGUAUUUAUUUACCAUAUUGUUUUUAGGUCGCCCUUAGUUUUGCAACUGAUGCUGUAUAUACAUAUACGUAUAUAUAUAUAUAUAUAUAUAUAUAUAUAUAUAUAUAUAUAUAUAUAUAUAUAUAUAAUGUAUGUAUGUAUGUUCAAGUUCAUAUAUAUGCCUCUUCAGUCCACCUUUUUCCCUCUCGAUUCUUCCUUGUUCCUUUCUAACUUAUUGUUAUUCCCGUUUCACAUAUAUUUUUGUACCUCCAGAUCUCGGCUGUUCUUUCCCGUUUUGUGUUGUUGGAAAAAGUUCAAAAUAUCUCGCAAAAAAAUGGACCAAGAUAUAUCCUCCCCCCUACUUUUUCCUUGUUUUUCUUCUGUUUUUAAUUUUUGUUUCCCUUCCUUUUUAGUCCAUAUUGUUGUCUUCACUGCAUCAUCUGACAACGCACAUCAUAGCCAAUAUAUUGUGAACAUAUCAUGAUCCAUAUUUUAAUAUUACAGAAAGCACUAUUUUUAGAACCGCUAUAUUUAAUAAUCAUCAAUAUGUAUGUUUUAUUACGUACAGCACAUCUACUGGGUUCAUGUAAAUGGAAAUAUAGUGUUAUGUAUUGUAAUUAAUAAAAUGUGUGUGAA